AUGACACAACGUAUCGGAAAUUGGGAAAAAUUCAAAUUGUUAACGUGGAAAAAUUGGCGACUAGAAUGGCAUCACAAAAUUCAACUUUUGAUCGAAAUAUUGGCGCCAGUGGUAUUUGCAUUGCUGAUGGUGUUGUUGCGAAUGCUGGUUGUGGCCAAAUCGAAAGAUCUUCUCACAUUUCCACCACAAAAUAUCGAUAAUAUUAAUUUAUUCAGUGAAGAAAUGUUCUUUCUUGGAUUUGCAAAACCGGUAAUCUAUUCACUGCACUAUUCACCGAAUAAUCCCUACCUCACCAAUAUCGUUUGCGAUGCUGCCAAGGGGCUCAGGUUAACGUGUGAAGGACACCCAGAUGCGGCAGCAUUAGAAUUUGCCAUGGUCUCCAAUAACUAUUUAGCCGGUGUACAAUUCGAUGAUAGUUGGAGUAAUUUAGCCGAUUAUCCACAAAAAUUUGCCUUUUCUCUACGCUACCCAAGUGAAUUGAGAACCGAAAGAGCAGGUUCGGGUAAGACUUGGUUAACAACGAAACUGUUCAUGCCAAUGGGUUCGAGUGGACCACGCAAUCCAAAAGCACCAGAUGGUGGUUUACCCGUGGGCUAUAUACGUGAAUCGUUUCUGCCCGUUCAGCAUGCCAUUUCAAUGGCCUAUAUAAAAUUGGUAACACAACGAACAGAUUUGCCUACGGUGACAAUCCAACGAUAUCCCUAUCCGGCAUAUAUUUAUGAUCCCCUGCUGGAGGGUAUGGCCUUUUUUGUGCCAAUGAUCAUAUUGUUGAGUUUUAUUUAUCCCUGUUUGAAUAUUGUUAGGUACAUUACUGCCGAAAAGGAGAAACAGCUGAAGGAAGUCAUGAAAAUCAUAGGCCUGGAUAAUUGGCUACAUUGGACCAGUUGGUUUUGUAAAUACUUUAUUUUGAUGACUAUUUCGGCUAUACUCAUUACGAUUAUCAUGAAGAUUAAAUGGUCAAAUGGUGUUGCUGUGCUAACCUAUGCCGAUUGGUCUGUCGUGCUAUUCUUCUUCCUCAUCUAUGUAAUUGCGAGCAUCUGCUUUAGCUUUAUGGUGGCUACAUUUUUCUCAAAAGCAAAUACUGUAGCCGCUGUUAUUGGUUUUAUCUGGUUCAUUACCUAUUUGCCCUAUUUGUUUAUCUUCGAAACCUAUGACAAUUUGAGUUUGGACACUAAAUUAGGUUGGUGUUUGAUCUCAAAUACGGCUUUGGGUUUAGGGUUAAAGCUAAUAAUGCUUUUUGAGGGUACGGGUGAGGGAUUUCAAUGGAGUAAUCUCUUCAAACCGGUUAACAUUGAUGAUGAUUUGACCGUUGGCCAUAUCAUCCUGAUGAUGUUGGCUUCUUGUGUGAUAUAUAUUGCAAUAUGUCUCUAUGUGGAGCAGAUAUUCCCUGGCGAGUUUGGUGUUCCCAAGAAAUGGAACUUCAUUUUCUCACGCAGCUUUUGGGGUGGUGAUCGUAAAUCUAUUAGCAACGAAGAUGUACCCGGCGGCCAUGUGAAGCGUAACAAUCCCGAUGCAUUUGAACCAGAACCAGCUGGCAAACAUAUCGGUGUGCAAGUUAGAAACCUAAAGAAACGUUUCGGCGAUAAACAGGCUGUGCGCGGUUUAUCUGUCAAUAUGUAUGAAGAUGAAAUAACUGUUCUUUUGGGACAUAAUGGUGCCGGCAAGACAACAACAAUAUCCAUGCUGACGGGCAUGUUCCCACCCACAUCCGGCACGGCCAUUAUCAAUGGCAAUGAUAUUCGCACAAAUAUUGAAGGUGCUCGCAUGUCUUUGGGCAUCUGUCCGCAACACAACGUUCUCUUCGAUGAUCUGUCUGUGCGCGAUCAUUUGACAUUCUUUAGUCGUUUGAAAGGUUUAAAGGGGGAUGCCCUCACUCAGGAAGUAAAUAAAUAUAUUGGCAUAAUGGAAUUGGAAGAUAAGGCAAAUGUGGCCUCCAGCAAGCUGUCGGGUGGUAUGAAACGUAAGCUAUCAGUUUGUUGUGCACUUACCGGCAAUACGAAAGUGGUAUUGUGUGAUGAACCCUCAUCGGGUAUGGAUCCAUCGGCAAGACGUCGAUUGUGGGAUUUGCUGCAAUCGGAAAAAAUUGGACGCACCGUGCUGUUGACAACUCAUUUUAUGGACGAAGCAGAUGUUUUGGGUGAUCGUAUUGCCAUUAUGUGUGACGGUGAAUUAAAAUGUCACGGCACCUCGUUUUUCUUGAAAAAGAAAUUUGGUUCGGGUUAUAAAUUGAUCUGUGUAAAACGUGACGGUUGCAAUACCGAAGAAGUAACAGCUCUACUGCAAAAAUAUAUACCCAAUAUACAACCUGUUGCGGAUAUUGGUGCUGAACUGUCCUACGAACUACCCGAUAAAUAUUCACAUAUUUUUGAAGAAAUGUUUAGUGAUUUGGAAAAUAAUUCCGAUGAUCUGAAAAUAAAUGGUUAUGGUAUUGGUAUAACAUCCCUUGAAGAGGUAUUUAUGAAGGUGGGCGCCGAGAGUGAUACAAGAACAAAUGGUGGACAAAUUGCCAAAAGUGCUGCUCCCACUGCCUAUCCUAAAGAUGAUGUUGAAUCAAGAAUAUCCGACAGUUUAUUCUCGGAAAAUAAUCGCCUACUUAAGGGCGUACAUUUACUACGCAACCAAUGGGAUGCCAUGAUCUUGAAAAAAUUUCUCCAUACAUGGCGAAACAAAUUAAUGUUCAUCAUACGAAAUGGGAUGGCAAUAUUUUUUGUAGCUAUGACAUUUAUCAUCGCCCGAGCAGAGGGUACAUUCAAGCCAUUGGAACCGAUGACAAUGCGUUUGACUCAGUACCCUAUGGCUGUUACAGUUUUAGAUACAGCUGCCGAUAUUGUUCCGGGUUCGUUUUUGGACAAAAUCUCCAGUGCUUAUAAAAAGAUAGCAACAUCGUAUGGCGACGAUUAUAAAUUGGAAUUGACCGGCAAUAAAAAUUUUAUCGAAUACAUUUUGGAUUUGGGUCGGCGCAUACAAGUGAGAAUUAAUUCAAGAUAUUUGGCAUCGGCAUCGAUACGAGGAAAUAACAAAAUUGUCGCAUGGUUAAAUAAUCAGCCGCUGCAUACGGCACCAUUGACGGUGAAUUUGGUGCACAAUGCCAUUAUAAAAGCUGCCAUGAAUGAUUCGUAUGAAAUAACCGUUACAAAUGCUCCCCUACCCUAUAGCACAAAAAUGGUAUUGAAACAAUUGGAUACUGGCAAUAGUCUGGGUAUUCAGUUAUCAAUGAAUUUAUGUUUCUGUUUGGCUUUUGUGAGUGCUUUCUAUAUUUUGUUCCCGAUCAAGGAACGUGAAUCACGUUCCAAGUUAUUGCAAUUUGUGGGCGGUAUUAAUGUGUGGAUAUUCUGGAUAUCACAAUUCCUAUGGGAUAUUAUGACAUUUACGCUGACAGCGUUGAUUGUGGUCUGUACGAUAGCAUGUUUCCAGGAAGAUGGCUUUGUGGGAUUUUCCGAUUUGGCCCGUUAUUUCUUGGUCAUAUUUAUAUUCGGAUUAUCUGUGCUACCAUUUACAUACCUGAUUUCAUUGUUCUGCUCGGAGCCAUCUACCGGGUUUGGCAGAACUGCAUGUAUAAACAUAAUCUGUGGCGUGGCUCUGUUUAUUGUUGUGACUGUCAUGUCAAUUGAGGUUUUUGAUACCAAGGACACGGCCGACCUGUUGGCAUGGAUCUUUCGAGUAUUUCCUCACUUCUCCUUGGCCAUGGCUCUUAAUAAGCUAUAUGCUAAUGUGGCCUCACGAAAGGUUUGCAGUUAUCAGGUUAUUGCCAGCCUACCCGAUGACCUGCGUUGUGAAUUAGUACCGAUAUGUUGCCAUACCACUCCCUAUUUCGAUUGGGAAGAACCUGGUAUUUUACCAGAAAUUGUUUAUUUACUUGCCACCUUCGUGGUGUCCUCUAUGAUAUUAAUUGGCCUUGAAUAUGGCAUUUUGAAUGAGUUAAUCUACAAAUGGAAACAAAGGAAUUUCAAACCCACACCCCCUGCGGAAGAUGCCAAUCGUGAUGAUGAUGUUGAAUCGGAGAAGAAGAAAAUUCUCAAAAUGUCUCAAUCGGAAUUACAAAGCCAAAAUUUGGUAUUGAAUCGUGUUACGAAAUAUUAUGAUCGUUUUUUGGCUGUUAAUCAAAUUUCGCUGUGUGUUAAACCAGCUGAAUGUUUUGGUUUGCUGGGUGUAAAUGGUGCCGGUAAAACGACCACCUUCAAAAUGAUGACCGGUGACGAACGCAUCACCAGCGGCACAGCCUAUGUUAAGGGUUUGAAUUUGGCUGCAGAUGUCACCAAGAUAUACAAAGAAAUUGGCUAUUGUCCACAAUUCGAUGCUCUGCUUGACGACUUGACGGGUCGUGAAACUUUACGGAUAUUCUGCCUACUACGUGGCGUACGACGUGAUCGCAUCGAACACAUUUCCCAAGAAUUGGCAAAAUCAUUUGGUUUUAUAAAACAUUUAGAUAAAAAGACGAAAGCCUAUAGUGGUGGUAACAAACGUAAAUUAAGUACGGCGUUGGCUGUUAUUGGCAGUCCGUCGGUUAUCUAUUUGGAUGAACCCACCAGCGGUAUGGAUCCGGCAGCCAGACGGCAGUUGUGGAAUAUGGUUUGUCGUAUUCGUGAUUCGGGUAAAUCGAUUAUUCUCACAUCACACAGUAUGGAAGAAUGUGAGGCAUUGUGUACCCGCCUGGCCAUUAUGGUUAAUGGUGAAUACAAGUGUAUUGGUUCGACACAACAUUUGAAGAAUAAAUUCUCCAAGGGUUUAAUUUUGAAGAUUAAAGUUAAACGCAACUUCGUUGCUGAGAAAACGAAAAAGUUUUUAAUUUUUAAAAUUUUAUUAAAAAGCAGAAAUAGGGUCAGCUUGACCAUUGAAAAUAACGCAGCUCAAAUUCGUGGACAAGCCAUUGAUACGGUGAAGAGUUUCAUUGAAACCGAAUUUCCUCAAGCCAUUUUACAGGAAAAUUUCCAAGGUAUUCUUACCUUCUACAUUCCAUUGUCCAGUAUUAAAUGGUCGCAAAUAUUCGGCCUUAUAGAAAAAAAUCGCGAUCGUUUAAAAAUCGAAGAUUAUUCAAUAUCACAGACAACAUUGGAAGAGAUUUUCUUAGAGUUCGCCAAAUAUCAACGUGAAGAUAGCCGUCAGACAAAAAAGUGA